AUGGUAGGUGUUCUUUUUUCUUGUUUUUACUACAUAAUUUAAUAUGCAAGGCCAUGCUUUACGGCUCAUCGCACUUGAGGAAAUGAGAAAGCGAACAAGUUUUGUCUUUUUGUUAUCAAUUUCACAUGGUGUAUCGUUUGCGUGUGAGUUGCAUAAACUUCUAAGUGAUAUUUCCGGUUGUAAUGUGUGUUGUUCCAUAGUCUUCGUCUGUAUAUUUACCUCCACUUUUUUGUAAUCUGGAGGAAAGCCUUUAAUGAAUUCAGCGUUGUUAUUUUAAGUUUCGCUCUGGUGUGUUGUCGUCGAGAUGAAGUUGAAGGUUUCCCUAAACGCGUCAAUUUGAUUCCCCGCGUUAUAGUCUUUUGGUUCGUUUGCAGAUAAAACGAAUCUGAACUAAAAAUAAGGCAACCCAGACAAUGUAAAAGCAAGAAAAGUGUGGUUAUUUCCGGGAAAAAUGGCAGAGUUUCUUAGAAAUUUCAAUAUUUCAGUUUGCAUGCGGUCACAUGAAACGUGUUUUUGAAGGCUAACAAAAGUAGAAAGUUUGGCUGGAUGCUCUUGUUUCAAGUUGAUGUUGCUAAAUUCACGGGUUUUAUUUGAUACCUGAAUGAAAGCAUGAUGUCAAUGAAUUCGAGGAUUGACUGUGAAGCGAUUUUGUCGUUUACAUGUCUGGCCCACAGUCCUUAAAUCACCAUCGUAGCCGUUUUUAGGGUCGUCACACAACGCUCCUCCAGACCCCGCUAAAAACGGCUGCGAAGGACACUAACAGACGAGUCCUUUUGUUUUAUCCAAGAGAAUUUUAGUAGCAGUUUUACGCAGAUGUAGACGUAAUGUUUUCUGUGCAAACUGAUUCCACGAAUAAUAACCAAACAACAAAGAUCUCAUCAAAUAUGAAUGGACGCCUCAGUCAACUUUGAAGGUUGCAAUUUUGAGCCCUCUCAGAGCUCCCAUUCAAAUGCACAGACAUAAUUUCAAAACUUAAGUCGAGACCUUUAAAAAAAGAUGUGAUUGCACUCACAAGAUUUGAUUGUUUUGCCAAAAGAAUAUAUCGAUAAGGUGAAAUUUAAGCCAAACUUUUAUAGGUCCAUUUUUACAUACUCGUUCCAGUCAACCGGCUGGCCUUGGGGUGUGAAAUGUCAUUUCAGUUCGACUGUCAUUAAACUGCUGUUCUUGUGAGGAUCUUGACUUUGCGUUGACUGAAUGUAGUGCGUACAGUAGUAGGUCUAACUGCUUCUAACAAACAGCGUCUGGUUUUGCAGGGAGAAGAAGCAGCGUCAGUUUCAGGUUUGAAUAUUAAAUCACUUACCAUUUUUGAUACAGUUUAUCUGAAAUUUUGCCACAAUUAGACCUGUUUUAUGUGCUCUCUCAUAUACAAAUUAGAAAACAGCAGUAAAUUAUCUUUCAUGAUACUAUAUUUAGGCCCCUUUUUUUUCUUCUGAACCUCGGGAAACGGCCUGUAUCGCGGCAGUUUAAAUGUAUAAUUUUGAAGGGCAGAAGACAGAAACUAACCUCAGCUGACAUAUCAGACACUUGUUAAUUCAAAUGGUAAUGCGAGAUCCAAUACUCUUUUUGUUAGAAACGUUCGUCUCAGUUAAGGUAUUUCUUAUUCUUUCAGAUGAUCCUGAAUAUCACAGAGUAUUUGCUGCGUUGGAUGAACUCGAUCAUAGCGAUUUGCGAGCUUUGUUCAAAGAAAAACACUUCCGGGUAAUAUUAACUACGCAUACUAUAGCGAAUAAUCGUUACUGAUUUUCUACUUUUCACGAAUUCUUUUAACGUAAAAAAUAUAUAUAUUGAAAAGCGGAUUUCUCAGCGACUUAAAGUUUCUGCUGGAUUCGCACCCAUUUAGAAUGUUACACUGAAUGUACCUAAUCAUCUUUCGUGAUAUUAAUGAGUGUGAAAUCAACUUACAACGUUACUUUAAUCCUUUAUUUCAGGAUAAGACUUUAUCUUUCAUAAAAUCGGAGGAAGAAUUAAAACUUAUUCUCAAAGAGGUAAGGUGUAUUUGUAAGUACAAUCAGACAAGAUUAAAGAUAUAGAGGUCAUGAUUUCAUUUUGAAUGCUGUUGUUUUCUUUGUCCAGAAAAAGGAAAAAUUACAAAAAUUGCAAGGAAAAGUUGUUCAAUUAUGUAAUCAUCGAAAAAGAUCCACCUUCAGUUUCUUCUAAAAUAUUACUUCCGCAAAAAAGCCUUCAGUUUGGCGGUAAAAAGGUUAAAUGUAUGAAUGGGCUACUGUGUACCUUUAUCCUUAAAGCAACUAAAAACGGAUACAAUAGUAUAGUGAGUUCUGCAAUUUUGAGCGGGUUCAGUGUAAGUUAAGUUUAACUUAGAUCUCCUAGUUCUGGUCUCUGCUAAAUGCAUUCUUCAUACUGUUUACGUUACGUACACAAAAUCAAAACGGAAUAUAACAUUUAAAGUGGUAGGAUUGUCCGUAAUUCCAUUAUUUGUAUUUUUUUUGUAUUUGUAUUUUAUUUACUCCAUCCUAUAGAUAAUACAUCAGUUUUACAAUAACUAGUAGAAGCUUGUUUAAACUACGUGUACAUAAGGUUAGCAAGAAAAUUUAGGAUAGAGAAGGGCAAAUUAUAGUAAAACUUUUUAUGGCCCUUUAACAAGAUUGACUUAAUUCUAUUAUAGCUUUGUUGUUCAUUAAAACACACACUCACACAGGAACUCUUACACGAAAAAGUAAAUUAUCUAAACACACAAAAAAGGCAACAAAUAACACUAAACUAGCCAGCUUCAAAAGACGCGGCCAUCAUCAUCGCUGACCGCUAACCGCUGGCCGCAUUAUCAAGCCCACCCUCAAAUAAGCCCACUUUUUUAGGGGAAUAACCUGAUUAACCGCCCUCCCCUCCUCUCUUAAGCUCCCCUUCCCUGCCCCCUUACACUUUACAGCCAAAUUAAUAAAUGUUAGACUGUACUUACUAAACCGGACUGUAACACUUUAUUUGAACUGAUCCGGCAUGGUUUAUUUAGGGACUGCUCAUUAUUUAUCGCCUGGGGGGUGGGGUGGGGGCGGCGGAGGAUUUGGGGCUAAACAAGGUGAAAUUUAGCCGAUCCCCCCUUUGAAUGUUACUUCACUGAAGUGAUCCCCCUAAUAACAUUUGAUGACUUUCGCGAUCUCCGCCCCCAUGUCUUCAUUUUCCAAGCAAAUUUGAGUGGUGCCCCCUCUGAAUCCUUCCAAAGUUUUCAGUGAUCCCCCCUUUUGGGUUCUCAGUUACGACUGAUCCCCGCUUUUGUUCUCCUAAAAAUCAAAUAAUCCUCCCCAAAAUCCUCCGCCCCCCAGGCGAUGAACAAUGACCGGUCCCUCAUGUGCCGGAAGUUUGUUUUGGGGAAAUGCCUCCAAAACUCAUACAAUGACUGCGUCAUCCAUGAGCUAGGACUGGUUUGGAACACGGCAACAUGGCAUAGUUUGGAAACACCAAUGUGGCAUCUGUGAUGUAAAAAGCUAUAUUACGGGCCUCUUCACAUGAACCCAGUUAACCGGGCUGGUCCGGUUACUGGGACCAAUUUCGCUUUGAGUUCAUAUGAGAAAUUUUAGCCCGGUUUCCGAGAUGAAAAAAGGUCGGGACAAGUUCUGGCGCGAAUUUCGAGAAACAAAGCAACCAUUGAGAAACACAAAGGUAUAACUUUCGCGCAUGUCAUAGCUUUGGAAACUCUCAAUAGCUAUAUCACUGCAGUUAGAUGUGAUGCUUAUGAUGUGGAAAAUACAGCAGGCAAACCAAGACGAUGUAUGCAUCAGGGCUGCUGACUUAAUGCCGCGUUCAUCCCGGUAACCGGGCGGAAGUGUUCAUAUGGCUUAUCGAGAUCGCGAUUGGAAUAACCGAGAUCACGGGAACCGAGCCAGCCCGCCUUCUCAUAUGAACCCAUCGAGAAUUUUACAAAGGAUUUAGAAGUACGGCGGAAUCUAGGAAACUGGGCUCAUGUGAAGAGAUGGUAAGACCCCUCCAACGCGCCUGAAAUAAAAAGGCCCCCGGGGGACUUAAUGGAUGUUUUAUGGUAUUGUGAAUGUCUAUUGUGAUCAGUGUCCCUGCAACAGCGUAAAUGCGGGGGCUCAUCUCGACUCACAAGUAGUUUGUUUUCCAGGAACUCGGAUUACCCUUUGGACAAAGAUUUGAAUUCAGUCGACUUUGGUUUGAAAAGUAUCAUGGAAAAGACGGUAAGAUAAUAGGGAGCUCAAGCAACCACGACGGCGACGGCAGCGAAAACGUCACUUAAAAAAGACGUUCGGGCCGUUUCAAAUUUCAUCGCUCUUAUUCCAACUUGUUCAAAUCUUGUCAAAUCUUGGCAAAUUUUUCCAGGGUUAAUUUCUAAAAAUCUGUCUCUAAGUUUAGACCCAGGCUGAACGAUCAAACAUGACCUAACAUUAUCGUCCAACAUUGUAUUUGUCAUUCACAACAUGGGGUGGCUAAACGAUCAAAUUUUGGUUUGUGAUGCCAAAUUUUGGAGGAAAAUGUUUGUAAUUCCGCAGAGUCGAUAAGACUAAAACUCCAUAGUCAAUCCGUUUUGUCUUCCUUGGCUUUUUCACAUCAUAUUUUUAAAGUCUCAUUUCCAACAACUUUUCCCUCCACAAAAGUUCAAGUAACUCAUGCUGUUAGCAUCAUGGCACUCACGUUCACGUUCAAGUAACUGACUUUUCAAACCUGUAUAUUGUUGUAUAUUUUAGCGCCACCUGGAAACCAACAAAAGAAGGAAUCGAAGGAAAAAUCGGGUGUUCAAUUACUUCACGAAGAUGAAAGGCGAUCCUCAGGUACCGUGUCGUCUGGAGCAGUAGUUGUGGGUCCCAGAGAUAAGCACAAGAGGGAAAACGAUGGUCGAGAAGCUGCCCUCCAUAACAAAUCAAGCGUGCCCUCAGUAGAAGAGUUACCUACCUCAUCCUGUGGCAGAUAUUAUGUGCAGAAGGACAACUUUACCGACAGAAAGACUGAGCUAAACCAAACAAAAACUAUUAAACGUAACUCAAAUUUAGAGGACAAACUUGUACAUCCUAAGCUGGAAAUUGGAAGUAGCGACGAAUAUGUCUUCAGUGAUGACAACAAGACAGUGAAACAUCAUGUUUUGUCACGAUCAGGUAAUCAUGCACCUCGCAAAACUAAUAAACUACUGCUAGCAAGUUAUUAGGGAAAUAUUUAAUGACUUGUUUUUUCUUAGUAUACACACGAGCCUUCCACUCAACAUGAUGAUUUAAAAUAAGAACUCGACAUCACAGAUAAACUCGAAGAAAGUCACUUCUAAUAGCGCAGCUCCACGGGCUCGUGUAGGGCGGGAAGCGGAGCCCCAUAGCUAAGAAAAUUUGGUUAUCUAUCCAUCCGAGAAAUUUUGGCAGUCAGGAGACUGUCCGUCCGCAGCACAGGGCUACCAAUGUGAAAUCUCACUUUUGCUAGCUACACUGUAGCAUGCGAGCCUGCAACCUGAUUUUGCACAUCCAUGUUGCAGUCAGUUGACAGCUGUCAUACAGGGUAUCCGCUGACCAGUAAGUAUCACUUGCCGGGACCAGGUGUCAGGCUUAUCGUUAUCGACGCAUCAAGGUUACGGUCGUCACUUGUUUCCAUCGGCCAAACUGACAUUUUUUUUCUCAGUGGCUCUCACAAGACAAUUCACUUUUCGUACAUGAAAUUUCUGUCUCUUGAAAUUUCUGUUCAUAAAAGUCUAAGUCUCUUCAAUUUUUAAGGAAAAAAAAAUUCAAGAUGGCACGAAAAGGGUUCGAUCUCAGAGCAUCGGCUCUGCAGUUUAUCACGUUAACCCCUACACCACCAAGGAUUUGCUGACAAUAAAUGUUUUGAUUUGAAUAUACAUGGCAACAACCCUAACCCUAACCCUUACGCUGUGUACGAAUCAUUCAUCUGCCAACGACAGUUUGGCGGAUGGAAAUAAGUGUUGACCCAAGAUUACGUGUUUUUUGAAGUUAUCCGCUGACAAAUUAUUAGUUUUCAGGCUCAACUCCAAGUGGAUAAAGUCUUUGCGAUGGUUACAAGUCUAUUGUUUGAAGUUAAUUAUAAAUUUUUACACGUGAGCUUCGCUUUUGGCCUUGGGUUAAUCUAGGUCUGUCAACGAUAAUGUCCAAAUGAUCGACAGCUUGUCAAUGAAUAAAUAACGGGAUUUCAGUUUAUAGACAUGCUUGUUUUUCAAAUGCAGAUGUGGAUCCAUCUCGGUCUUCGCAACAUUGUCUGACUGUUUUUUUUUGUUGUUGCUCGCGGUUAGCAAAUAGUCCAUUUUCGAGUUCGCUAUGACCGCUGAAUUAAAGAAGUGAAGACCCAUUUUUUACAGCCUUAGCCUCAUUCUUAAGUAAUAUAUUCACAAAUUCCAACGAGAACAAGACCUGUUUACUACUCUGUCUAUUGUGUAUAUUCAAAUUUCAAACACUUACUUGCCAGAAUUUCUGAAUAUUUUACUUUACGUCGAGGCUAACCCUGUGUGAAUGUGCCGUUAAUGUUUAUAUUCAGCGGCAAUUUUUAAUUCGAACUGGACUAUUCCUAAACUUUUGUUUUGUAUUACUUUUUUCACUUCUAAGAAGUCGGAAUGGUAGUUAAAUGUCGGAUUUUACUGAAAUUGCUUCUAGAAAUUUUUGGUAGAAUCAAAUCCGCUCUAUUUUCGGCGGGAAAAUGUGGAGUUCGCAAGCAUCGAUAUGAUUUUUACUGGACUGCUUGUGGCCUAGUCUUAAAUUCUCUUCCAUUUGGUAGUCCCCGCUUAAAAAACGAACACCGAUAAUUAUUAAUUAUUAAGGCGUUUUCCCAUAUUUGCAGCUUCUGUUUAAGAUUGGCUUUUCAUUUCAAUAUUUCCUUCUGUUUAAUAUAACACCCACCUUUUUUGGAGGUCUAAAUUUCGGAUAAGGAUAAAGAAGACUCGGACGAAGAAAAAAGGAACUAUUAGAAUUUUGCACACAAGUUCAUCUCAUAGCCUGCGAAGCUGGCGGUUUGUUUGGCGAGAGGGCAAAUACGCAAAGCUUCACCGGAAGCUUCAAAGACCAACUUGAGAGAAAUAGGAAAUAGAAUACUGAGGCUAGUUACUUUCCUUCGCCUCUUCAGCAAGCACGAUUUAUGUCAGCAUUAGCGAGUUUCGAUAAAAUUUAAAACGUUCACAGCUCGCUUUAAGCUUCUCGUCAUACAUUCCUUUUUCUUAAGUCACAAAAAAUAGGAACUUCUAAAAACUCGAAACUUCACAUGACAUACACAAACGGUAUUUUACGUAAGGUGUUUUGGUGGUGGUAUACCGAGACGCGAAGCGUUGAGGUAUAUAUCCAGCGCUGUUCACCGACCCUGAGGGGGAUAGUUGUUUUAGUAUUUACCAAAUCAGUUGGAUAAAACUAAAAAAAUGUAACUUGUUGUAAAUUAAAAACGUCACUACGUAGGAACUUUGUUUACAAUUCGCAAACAUUUCGGGGAUUUUGUCAAGUGAAUUUUACGAUGUUGUUGCAAAUUCAGCAUGAAAAUAAUUCUCGACCUACCAGUGAACACCGACAAGCCAAAGUUCGUCGCUUUCUUGGUAUUUUUUUUUUUUGAAAGACUAAUUUAUUUAUCGCACAAAUUUCGUUUUCUGAAAAUGUCUCGGGACGAGACGCCAUCUUGGCUCCGGUCGCAAAACAGUGAAUAGCCAAGGAUAUCCGGAGUUACGGGAACCAAUCAAAAGGGGCGAAAAUUGCUAUUCACUGAUUUGAUAAAUACUAAUACAGCAUAAUAUGAAUGAACCAUAGGGUCUUAAUUAAUAUAAAGGUUAAUUAUAGUGCAUGUAGAUGAAUCGCUUAAACAAAAAGCAGUUUAAGUUCGUGUGAUAAACAUUAUGACCUUGAUCCUGGAAAGCAUUUCGCGGUAGUCUAGGCUAAAAUUUCGGAGGGGGAAAAGAACAGGAUAAUUUUCUUCCAUGAAAAUACAUUUGUCAUAGGUGAGAAAAAUGGUGAAAAGUUCAAAUAACCACUUGUAAACAUCCUCAGCACUACCUUUCAGGUCAAAAUGAAUUCCUGGAAUACUAACUAUUCGAUUCGUAUGCCCUAGCGCCAGCAGGAAAUCCAGGAAGCCAGCGAGAGGAAGAAUCGGAGGAGAAACCCAGAGUUCAAGUAGUUCAAGAAAACGAUGGACGAUCCCCAGGUGCCGUGUCAUCUGGAGCGGUAGUAGUGGGUCCCAGAGAUGAGCACAAGAAGAAAAACGAUGGUCGAGAAGCUGCCCUCCGUAUCGAGUCAAACGUGCCCUCAGAAGAAGAAAUAGAGAUCUCGCCUCCUGGAAAUAGUUAUGUUAAGGAAGAUAAUUUUACUGAGAUGAUUUCGACGGCCCGACGAUACGAAACUCAAGAUAGUCUAGUUGGAAGGCUAACAGACGAAAAG